AGGAAUGUCACUAGUUAAUUAACCUAACUUUUUUUGUUUACAUUCUUAAGUUAAGUUACCUUCCGACUGAUUAGAUAUACUAAUGUAAUAAAUAAUACAUAUCAGUUAACCGAUCUUAUCUUUCCAAUGACCGUAGGUAUUAUUAACGAAGACCCACGUAAAAAAAUAUUAAUGCUAUCCGCGUUAGAAUGUUACACUCGAACAUGGAGCUUAGUACAGCACCUAGUGAUGUUAAGAUUUACACAAGAUCUGGGUCUUACGUAGGGCUCUGCUUAGCAAUUAGUUCGUCGAUAUUUAUAGGCUCGAGUUUUAUAGUUAAAAAGCUGUCUUUGAUACGGCUUAAUAAACGAGGAAGUGUUAGGGCUGGUGCAGGAGGGUUUGGAUACUUAACUGAUUGGAUGUGGUGGCUAGGCCUUUUGUUGAUGGGAAUUGGAGAGUUUGCCAACUUCGCAGCAUACACCUUUGCACCAGCCUCACUUGUUACUCCAUUAGGUGCAUUAAGUGUUUUAGUUGCAGCUGUUUUGGCUUCUAAAUUUCUAAAUGAAAAAAUCAACAUAUUUGGAAAGUUGGGCUGUGUAUUAUGUAUAUUGGGAUCAACGAUACUGAUUAUACAUUCCCCCAAAGAUGACACGAUAGUCUCGACAGAUGAACUGCUCAAUCAUGCUCAGAAUACCGCAUUUAUCAACUACCUCAUUACCAUUACCAUUAUGGUAUUUUUAAUUUUGGUUGUCUUUGGCCCGAAAUAUGGUAGUAGACAUGUCGUGGUAUAUCUUACGUUAUGUUCGGCAGUUGGUAGCUUCACUGUGAUGGCUUGCAAGGCCUUAGGAAUGAGCAUUAAGGAAAACGCAGCCUUAGGUAUAAAUCAACCAGCAAACUACUGGUUACCCUUCUCGCUGUGCAUCAUAGUACUUCUAUGCAUUUGUUUACAAAUGAACUACCUAAACAAAGCACUCGAUCUCUUCAGCACUAGCGUAGUAACGCCAAUAUACUACGUACUGUUCACGACUCUAGUCAUUAUAGCUUCGUCUAUUUUGUUCGAAGAAUGGAAGGUGAUGAGCGGCGUCGACAUGCUGGGUGCCGUAUGCGGAUUCCUGGUGACGGUCGUCGCCAUAUUUCUUUUGAAUGCCUUCAAGGAUACUUCAAAUGGGCAAAUGGUUCAGAGAACUAACUCUGUCCAAAGUGGAUCUGUCGGUAGCUAUGGAGCUAGGUUUUCGGCGCCACUGUGAAUAUUAUUGAUGAAUUUCUCCCAAGGCAGCAAAAUUGUAACGUAAGAUAUUAAUACAUCAAUAAUUGACGAUUAAAUCUGGAACAUUUAGGGAGUAUACGCUGAAUAAUAGAACACUAUAUUUAGGCGAUAAGUAUUCAGUAUUUUUGUUCUUAUACAAGUUUGUUAUUUAUAGUAGCUAUAUUGGUUUACUGAAUAUUGUACUUAUACUUUCCAUCUGGCAUAUUCACGGUAGUUAUACAAGGUGAGUCAUGAGGAACUGUACAUACUCCUACCUCGUAUAGAGGCCCCUAUGGGGAAUAACAAAUGACCAUUAAAAAGUGUCUGCUCCCAUUGUUUAAUAUUAUACAGGGCGAGUUUCGCAUUUUGACAGAAACUUAUUCGUCAUAAUUUUUGAACGGUCAGAUCUAUGUGUCUGUUAUUUGGGUCAAUCGGUACACUAUUACCACCUAAUCAACUGAUCUAUUCAAACUAAAAAGAAAUGAGGUCCGGCUUUAAAAAAUUAGUUCGUUUGGGUCUUAGAAAAAAUUUCACCCUGUAUACGCUUUUUGAAAACUCUAAUAUUAAUUUUACAAAUUAGACAAAUAUGCAAUUAAAAUGACAUAUUUAUUUUUUCCCCACACGAUUACUUAAUUUUUUAUAAAAAAAUCAAAUUUGACUAUGAAUUAAAAAUUUGGUAAAGUGAACCAUAAAUUUAAAAAAAAUUAACAUUUCUUACAAAAAUUAAUUUUUUAAACAAGUAUUUGAUUUAUGUUACCACCCAA